AUGAUGAUCAGCGUCUCGACGGCAGAGCAGCAGGAGAUUCCCAACAAUAAAACACUUGAACCUGAAACAACUGAGCCGUCCACCGCGUCCACCGCGACCACCGCGACCACCGCGUCCACCGCGUCCACCGCGUCCACCACAACCACCACGUCCACCACAACCACCACGUCCACCGCGUCCACCACAACCACAGCGUCCACCACAACCACCGCGUCCACCGCGUCCACCGCGUCCACCACAACCACCGCGUCCACCACAACCACCACGUCCACCGCGUCCACCACAACCACCGCGUCCACCACAACCACCGCGACCACCGCGUCCACCGCGACCACCGCGUCCACCGCGUCCACCACAACCACCGCGUCCACCGCGUCCACCGCGUCCACCACAACCACCACGUCCACCGCGUCCACCGCGACCACCGCGUCCACCGCGUCCACCGCGUCCACCGCGUCCACCGCGACCACCGCGUCCACCGCGUCCACCACAACCACCGCGACCACCGCGUCCACCGCGUCCACCGCGACCACCGCGUCCACCGCGUCCACCACAACCACCACGUCCACCGCGUCCACCGCGACCACCACGUCCACCGCGUCCACCGCGACCACCGCGUCCACCGCGACCACCACGUCCACCGCGUCCACCGCGUCCACCGCGACCAGUUCAGAAACAGAAUGA